GAAUGAAUCGUUGAAUUUGUUGUUUUGUACUGUACUACAAAGUUUGGAAGUUAAGGUUUUUACAUGUAAACAGUAUUUUAUCAUUGGGUUGAGUUUAACUAUAGUUCGUAUCGGACCGCAGUCGUGUAGUAAAGUCCGGCCCUUAGUCAAGUUCCUCUUUGUUUUCAUUGAGGAGCUAAAUACGCAUAUUCUUGUUUUCUAUUUUAUUUCUUUGUCUUUUUCUAAAUUUAAUAUUAAAAUGAUUUGCAUAUUUGUAAAUAGGUAGCAAACAAUCUGCAAUAAUGUUCAGGUACUCGAAUACAGAUUGGGACGGCAUCGGCGAGUGGAGCUUCAUCGAGAUGUUGCCUGAUGAAGUUUUAAUAGCAAUAUUCAAAUACCUACCGCUGGACUGUUUACUGGUAUGCGAAAAUGUAUCUCAAAGAUGGAAAAGACUCGCAAGAGACACCGCCGUCUGGAGAUGUAUCUACUUGACGUAUUCUGCAAAACAUGACAAAGUCAAGGAGAGUCAGAAGACCUUACAAGUUAUCGGAACACAUAGCGAAUGCAUACACAAUUUGAAAUUACAGUAUAUGCACACUUAUUCAAGCAUUAGAAUGUUGUUGGAGAAGUGUGAUAAUAUUUUUUCUCUUGAUCUAUGCAUGUGUCGGAUUGAAAAAGAAUUCGAAAGGGAUGUUGAGAAAUGGUCAAAUCUGAAGAAGCUCAGUUUAAAAAACUGUGUGUUCUAUCCGUCAGAUGGAGACUUAAUUAUUCAAUAUGAUAAGUUUAAAGGCCUCAAUACAUUAGAACUUCCAGAAUUCGGACUAUCUCGUGCGAACUGUAACACUUUACUUGAUUUGAAAAAUUUGUGUCAUAUUGAAAUAGAAAAAAUAAAUAAUCUAGGCACGGAGUAUAUCAUGCAGCUUAUAUUAUCAAAGCAGAAUAUAUUAGUCACAUUCCACAUUUACGGAGGCGACGACGUUAACGACGAAUGUUUGAUUUUGCUUUCAAAAUGUCCAUUGCUACAAGGCCUAUCGAUAAUACAUUGCGAGAAUCUCAAAGACGAAGGCAUACUGGCUUUAGGUAAUCUCAAAGUGAUCGAACAACUGCAAAUCUCAAACAACGAACGUUUUUCCGAAGCAAGCUUAUUGAAAACAUUCGGUAGUCCCAGCAUGGUUAAACUAAAUAGACUGAGUCUUGCCAAAAUAAAGAACGUCACUCCAGCCGUGGUAGAUUGCAUCUCGGAAUACUACAAGAACCUAAAAUGUUUGGCUUUAUACCAGUGUCCUCGAAUUGUCAACUCCGACUACGAAAAGCAAUUAAGGGCCAAGUUCCGGAAAAUAGGCGUCGUGUUGUACUGACACAACGCCUAAGCUGCCUUGAAAUGUAAAUUUCAAAAAACCACUCAUAUAAGUGGGCGAACAAAUACGUGUUCUACCUUGAGGACCGUUGUUUAUGGACAAAUGUGAUUUUUGUGAUUAUCUCUACGUAAUUUAAUAUUUAUGUAUAAUAUAUACUUUAUCUCCAAUGAAACGAACGCAUAUAGAAGUUUUUUCUGUCUAAUUAAAGAGUCGGUUUUAUUGAUAUUGUUUAUAUAUCUCUCUACCUAUUCUUAAAAACGGUAUGUAUAUAAAUUGUCUCUAAUCAUUUAUGUAUCUGUAAACGAUGUUUUCGUCAUAUUUUUAAAGAAUUAUGUACCUACUAUUUUUAGAAUAUAUUAUAUGUGUAGUUGUGUGUAGUUUUCAAUUAAAAAUACGAGCAGGCCAGAUAUGAUGUAAUCGGUCAAUGACCUCACCAUGUUCCCUUCUCCAUAUUGCAUUACGCAAGCCAUGGCUGCUGUGCUCUAUUGUUUAUCUACCAUUUUUACGUAAUACGUGUCAUUAAUGGUUAGUCUCUAGUGAUAACUAUUAUUAAAAUAAUUAUGAUACCAAAGAUAUUGUAGAUUUUAAUAAAUAAACAACCAAGUCGAAA